CAAAUGAUUAUGUUCACAUUGAAGACAAGAAUAAUUGGACAAUCCUUACUGAUGAAGAUGUAAUAGAAUUAGUAAAUUGGGAGGAGAUGAGUAGCAAAAGUGAAGCUGAAAUGGUAGAAAAGUUAGAAACAAUAAGUAAUAGAACAGCCAGUACAUCAAUUGACACAGUUUUAAAAUUCUUGUAUCAACAAGGAUCAGAAUUUGGUGAGGUUGUCAAAGAAGUAAAGAUUUUGAGAGCAUUAUGCAGAUGGGUGGAGCUAGUCAUUCAGAAAAAUCUUAAACAAGUUAGUCUUCACCAUUUUGAGGAUAAAAUGAUUGAACAGUAG